AUGGAAAAAACGGAACAUCCACUCCUCUCACUGGGCUGCACCAGCAAUGCGCAUGCACUGCUGGUGCUACCACGCGGGUACAUCGACACCAGAUUCCAUCGGCGAACACUUGCAACCUUGACCCAGGGGGAAAAGGUACUGAUCUCCGCACGCUUGGAAAGCUGGACAGGCAUCGACAAGAACAGCAAUGUCUCCUCCAGCCCAUUUCCGGAUCAACUGCGCGUCAACGUGGUGCUCGAUUGCGGAGCGCGACUCGGGUUUCGUGUAUUCAGCAAGGUUCAGGAAUGGCUCGAAAUUCUCCGCGAAAAACCGCGUGAGAUCCAGUUCAUCGCGGCUCUUGUGGUUCACCCUCAAUUCGGUGCAUCCCUGACCCAGGUUGCCCUUGGAGCUUGCACGAACUCCGUGACCGUGCACUAUGCGGGCAAGCCAGGCGCAUCGGGUGAACUGAUUCAGCACACCAUCGCAGGCCUGCGUGGCGCCCAGGAAUGCGUCAUGCAAGCUGCCAAGCUGAUGAUGGAGCAACGCGGCGUUGUGGCAACACUGCGCCAGCACGGCUACACCGAAGUGAGGGCCUUCAUACGGGAUCUUCACUUUCCCUCGGCCCCCGAGGCAGGCUAUCGAGCGCUUGCCGCAGCACGCGCCGCAGCCAUCGCCGAAGUGCAUGGGCUACUGCCUAUUCCACCUGUUCGCGCACCCCUGGGCUACGACCUGGACAAGCACCUGAUCGAAGCCGUGAAGGCUCAGCCUGAGCAACUGAGCAAGGAACAGCGCUGGGCACUCAACCAGAUCCGCGUCUCGAUGCUCGCUGGCAAAGGUUCGCGCAUCCUGCUCAACGGGGACGUUGGCACUGGCAAAACCCUUGUUUUCACCCUCGCAGCUGGCGCCGUUGGACGCGCCUGCAAUGAACCUGUAGCGAUCAUGGCUCCCAGUGAUCUUGUUGCGCGACAGAUUUACGAAAACGCAGUGAAGCGCUUCCCCGAUCUUGAGCCCCUGCUUGUAAUCGGCGGCUCGAACGACAACCGGCCCAGCAAGUUCUACGUUGGAACCCAGGCACUGCUUGCGCGCAGCCUUCCGAAACUGGCCCUGAUCGUGGUGGAUGAGCAGCACAAGUUCUCGGUGGCGCAGCGCAUGGCCUUGGCGCACGAUGAAACCCACCUCAUCGAAGCCAGCGCCACCCCGAUUCCACGGUCUCUUGCGCUCGCCCUCUUCGGCGAAUGGACCAAUGUCCAGAUCAAGACCCCACCAGUGGAGCGUCACAUCACCUCGCGCUGGUUGAGUGAAGAAGAGCGCCGUCAGGCAAACCUCAUCGUGCGCCAACACCUGGAUGCUGGGCGCAAAGUGAUGUACCUCUACCCAUCGGUCAAAGGCGAUGGGCUGCUCAACGCCGCCGAACGCCUGAAGCAAGCCUUCCCAGGCAAGGUCGUGGCCAUGCACGGCCAGUGCAACGAAAAACUGGCAGCACUGGAAUCCUUCAAGAGCGGAGCCACCCCCAUUGCAGCCGUCAGCACGGUCGUGGAAGUAGGCUUGGACGUUCCAGACAUUGGGGUCAUGGUGGUCAACGGUGCGGAUCGCUUCGGGAUGGCCCAGCUCCACCAGUUGCGCGGCCGACUGAUGCGCGCUGGCGGUGCAGGUGACUUCAUCCUCUACACCAAGACCAAGAAGCUGGCAGUGCCCACCAGACGCCGACUGGAAGCCAUCUGCUCGACGUCUGAUGGAUUCACCUUGGCCGAAGCCGAUCUGGCGAUUCGAGGCUUUGGCGAGCUCUUGGGCGAAUGCCAGGCAGGCGCAGCAAGCCAGCUAUUCAAGUUGACCGAUCUAAAGCCCGAGGACUUUCUAGAGCAUAGUGGUUGA